AUUUUGUGUGUAAGUGGAUCUAUGAACAUGGGCUUUGCAAAGACAUCUUUUGCGUGCUGUAACACAGACCAGUGUAACAUCCAAGACGCUCCAGAUCCCUCUAUUGUCCCCAAUGGAAAGACUUGUUACUCUUGUGAUGACAAGAGCUGCUCAAACAUAUUGAGCUGUUCAGGAAGUGAAGACCGCUGCUUUAAAGCAACAGGGACUCUCGGUGGCCAGUCAACAGUUGUAAAAGGCUGUGUCUCUAAAUCGAUCUGUGAUGCUGAAACAUCGGUUAGAGAUGUUCAGGAAGCCUCAUGCUGUGAGGGGAAUCUGUGUAACAGUGCUCAGAGCAUCACUCAGAGCUUCCUGUUCCUCUGCUGUUCUCUGCUCUCCUUCAUCCUGCUGCAGUGAAUCCAGCAGCUCUUCACAUUCUACAGUCAGACACACUGCACUGAAUAUAGAACUUGUACUUUCUCUGUACUAUGCAUCUUUGGUGUGUUUCUAUGAUUUUUUUGCUGUGACAUUCUGAUGUGACAUUUUAUGAAUUAAAAUUAACUACAAUUAAUACAGCCCGUCAUGCUGUAAAAAAGUCAUUAAUCAUUACUACAAUUUUUUUUUUAUUG